GUCCGGGCUGGGCUCAGGCGAACCACCAAUAUGAACCUCUCGCUUCCGGUGAUUCCUCCUUUUCGGCAGCGGCUAUUUACUCGCCAACAUGCCACUCGCAAAAGACUUGUUGCACCCAUCCCCUGAGGAGGAGAAGAGGAGGCACAAAAAGAAGCGUCUCGUCCAGAGUCCCAACUCUUACUUUAUGGAUGUCAAAUGUCCAGGAUGCUACAAGAUCACGACGGUGUUCAGCCAUGCUCAGACAGUCGUGCUGUGUGUGGGCUGUUCAACAGUCCUGUGUCAGCCAACUGGAGGCAAAGCACGUCUCACAGAGGGGUGCUCAUUCAGGAGGAAGCAGCACUAACUGUUCUCCCUGAAGCUGGAGGGGAGAGGAGGGGCUGGACCGGUUGAUAUUAGCGUCUCCUGCCUCCGGGACGACUGCAACGGCGGAACCUGUGGUCCCGACUUGAAUCAAGAGGAAGAAGAAGAAGACAGGGGACGCACGUUUCCACUGUUCAUGUUGACCAAUUGGUUGUUGCUGUAACUCCACCCUCCAACCCCGUCUCUCUUAAUAAAAUGUUGUUUUGGCUAAA